UGAGAAAGAAAAAUAAAAAAUCCAAGUAAAGGAGAGAAAGGAUGAGGAAAAGAAAAACAAAAACAAAAGCUUUCUGAGCAAAUACGAGAACCAACCUCAGCAAUAGGUGUUAGUUACUUGGGAAUUUGUUUUCUCUCGUUUUCUCGGAGGAAAGAGAAUGCCUGAAAGUUCACGGCGUCGCCGGUGAAAAACGGAUCGAUCUGUGCCGUCACCGAUCUGCACUGUCCAGUCUCUCGCUCCUCAAAGACAAGAGCAAUAAAUGCAAUUAGAUCCAAGCGCCAGCACAUGACAUUAUUUCUCCUCACUGUGCUUUGACUUGGAAUUUUGGUAAGUCGAGCUCUGGUGUGUAGUGGUACUUAAGUGAUGGAUUUUGCGCUCCAAUUUGAGCUCGAAGGGAAGUGUAGCUGUUAAUGGAGGUUGAAUUUCGGUUGAGUUAGGGUUUCUGUGAUGGUGUCGUCACUGGUAAAUUGAUGAAGUCUUAGGGUUUCAGCUGGUGGUACAUGAUAAGGAUCGAAGUUUGAUUCUUCUUUCGCCAUUGCUGCCGAGUGUUUGAUUUAUUGUGGGUAUAAUUGGUGUGGAUUUCUUGGAAUUUGAACUCGGAAAGGCAGCAGUAGAAGGUUGGUCUCGUUGAGACGAAGGAAUUCAAGUCAUUUUGAAGCUGUAGCUGAGAGGCAAAUUUGGGUUAUUGGAUUGGAGAGAGUAUAUAUUUAUUUUUAUACAGAUAUGAAGACGUUAUGGUGAUCAAUUAGGCGGUGAGGAUGCCUCCUUCUCCAGCGUUGAGAUGCUCUUCGGGGAGGGAGUUAAUGGGAGAAAACCACAAGCGAGGGCGCAGUUUUGAAAGCGGGAUUCUUUUCAGAGACAAAGAUGACGAUCUUACUUUGUUCAACGAAAUGCAGACCAAAGAAAGGGAAAAUUUCUUGCUUCAGUCAACGGAUGACUUUGAACACACAUUUUCUACAAAGUUGAGUCACUUCUCAGAUUUCAAGCUAGGAAUCUCUAUCCCUGCUCGAGGAGAGAGUAGUGAACUGUUAAAUGCAGAUGAGGAGAAAAAUGAUUAUGAUUGGUUGUUAACUCCCCCUGAGACUCCACUUUUUCACUCGUUGGAUGAUGAGCCACAAUCUGGUAACAUUCCACCCAGGGGUAGACCUCGCAGUCAGCCUAUUUCCAUAUCAAGAUCAACAAUGGACAAGAGUUAUAGAAGCAGUAGGGGCAGUCCAAGUCCAAAUCGUUUAAGCUCAUCCCCUCAGUCUGUGAACAGCACAUUCCAGUCAAGGGGUAGGCCAUCAUCAGCACCCCGCACCAGUCCAUCCCCUAGUGUACGGUCUGCUACUCCAACCCGUACCAGUCCAUCCCCUAGUGUACGAUCUGCUACUCCAACCGGUACCAGUCCAUCUCCUAGUGUACGUUCUGCUACUCCAACCCGUACCAGUCCAUCCCCUAGUGUUCGGUCUGCUACUCCAACAAGGAGACCAUCUACCCCACCUAGUAAGACCUCCACUUCUGCUCCAAGGUCUUCUACACCAAAUUCUCGGAGGAUGAGCACAGGUGCGACUGCAUCAGGGUUGAGAGGAACUUCUCCUCUAAGGACAACUCGAGGGAACUCUGCAUCACCAAAAAUUAGAGCAUGGCAAUCAAACAUCCCUGGAUUCUCCUUAGAUGCACCGCCUAAUCUCCGUACUUCUCUGGCUGAUAGACCGGCAUCAUAUGUGAGGGGUUCCUCUCCAGCUUCUAGAAAUGGCCGGGGCAGGCAAUCAAUGUCUCCAACUGCCUCUAGAAGUGUAAGUUCAUCACAAGGCCAUGACCAGGAACAGUUUAGUUUGCAUAGUAAAGGUUCUGUUGUGUCAUCUGGUGAUGAUGACACAGAAUCUGUACAGUCUGUUUCUCUUGCUGGCUCAAACUUCUCAACACCAAGGCGGGUUAGUGCAUUCCCAAAUAACAGGGGUCCAACCUUCAAUAAGAAAUCUGCCAGAGUGUUAUCCCCAGGCUCUGCUCCAAAACGAUCCUUCGAUUCUGCCCUUCGUCAAAUGGAUCAUCGAAAGAGUCCACCAAAUAUGUUCAGACCUCUAUUAUCUAGUGUUCCCAGUACCACUUUCUAUGCUGGAAAAGGAAGUGCUGCACAUCGAUCUAUGAUAUCAAGGAACUCAUCUGUUACCACUAGCAGUAAUGCAAGCUCUGACCAAGGUACAAGUUUUCUACUUGAUACUGAAGCUGACCAGCACCAGGAUGAUAUGGUGAGUGAAUGUGGAAGGCAACCUUCUGCGGAUGUUCAAGAAGAGGUUUUUGUCUUUGAUAAGGUUGAUGCUUUAAGUCAAGAUGCUGGACAUGAAGGGCAAGAUAGCUCACAUGAUAUUCAUGUUGAUGACUUUGAUGGAGACCCUGAGUACUCUGAAGAGUUCAGCCACCACAGUAUUGAUGUUGAAAUGGGUUCAAGUUCUGGUGCUUUAUGUGACAAGGGUGAUCUGUCAGAAGUUGACAGUCUUGACAAUAUUAAAAUUUGUUCCAGAUGCAGUUGUCGAUAUCGUUUCAGUGAACCAGUGGAAGGGGACAUUGGGCUUUGCCAAAAUUGUAGUAGGCAAAAUGAUAUCCUACCUGUCACCCACCCUGAGACAGCAAUAUUGGCUACGGAGAACUGUUCAGUUUUGUCCAUUAAGCUUUCUGAAGAAAGCAAAUCAUUCUGUGAACUAGAACCUUCAAGUGCUGUUGCUGAUUUGCCAUUGCAAGUUACUGAUAUUGCCAAGCCUCGGGUUUCUCAAAAUGAGGAGGAUGUUAAGCAAAAUGAAAAUUAUGCACUAGAAAAUCCUCUAGCAAGGUCUCUGGUGGAGGGACGUGAACCGAGGAUUAGUUACUCCUCACCUGAUAGGGACACUGGAGCUCAGCAGUUGCAGCCAUGUAAUAACCCUCUAGAGUCCAAGGGAGAUUAUUCCUUACUUGAUAGGGACACCAGAGGUCAGCAGUUCCAGCUUUGUAAUAACCCUUCAGAAUCCAAGGUUAACCCUUCAGAAGUUGCCGGCAUACCAAUGCUAUUAAAAAGAUCAAGUAACAGCAAGGGACCUGUUAUUCAAACUAGGACCUUCACUGCCUCUUCCUUACCUUACGAAGAUCUGUCUUACACAAGAGAUAGUUCAAGCAGUUGGAGAAGCUCUAUUGGAUAUGGAAGUGCUUCUGCAUCAUCCUCUGUGGACUACAGCUCAUCUAGGCAAACAGAGACUCGUGUGCAACGGCAGUUAAGUGGGAAAAAAUCUGAUAUGGAGAAUUGUAGAAGUGAUAUCAAUGCAAAACCUCCAAGCUUUGGAUCAUCUAUAUCUCGAAGUUCAAGCAAUGCUCACCAAGCUUCAGGUUCUGCAGCAAGUAUACGUGAAGAAUUUUUUGAGUUAAACAGCAGUUUGAAAACUGAUGAUGUAGAGGAAACUCCUGCAGCUUCUGAAGGAAAAGUGGUAGCUUCACUAAAUAUAGAAGCAGAUGUCACUGAUUCCUCUUCCUCUGGCGCAGCGGUUCUGAAGGAAGUUGUUUUUCAAUGCAAUGAAAGUAGUAGAACAGCAGAUCCUCCAACCUCAGAGUUGUUGAGCAAUGUACUAAAUGUUCAGUUGGACAAUUUAGCAGUAUCACUUCCUAACUAUAAAGACCAAGUUCCAUAUGAAGAUGGACAAGAAAUUCCAAACAAUGUUGAGAGUGAGUCAGGUGUUGAAACCUCAGCUGUCGUUCGAGACUCUUCCAUUAAAGAACUUGAUAAGCUGAAUGCUACUCUUGAUGGCAUGGAUGUUGCAGAGGUUCCUGGUAAUAGCUCUUUGGCUAUGAUAUCAGAAAUAGAAAUUGUGAAUCAUUGUCACAGUUCUCCUGGUUCAGAAAUUGAAAGUGUCUCUCCAAAGUUGGAGGGAAACAAAGAUGAACUUGUGGAGCAGUCAGUUCCCACCCCUUUAGAGGUGGAUGUUACAGCUUCUGUUAAGGAGCCUAACACCCCAGAUAACACAGAGAGCCUUUUAGAAGAGGAAUCAACUAUCUCGGUAGAAUGUCAGGGAGGGAACAAGACAAAAAGCCUGAGUCUUGAAGAAGCAACAGAUACAAUACUUUUCUGCAGUUCCAUUGUCCAUGAUCUUGCCUACCAGGCUGCAACAAUAGCUAUUGAAAAGGAAUGUUCGGUGCCAUUGGAAGAUUCCAAACCAACAGUUAUGGUCUUUGAAAAACCCAAUAUGGACAGGAAGGACACACGUGGGAGGACACCAGGAAGACGCACUUCAAAGUCCCUAAAGGCCAGACAGAAAAAGGUAGAAACUGAUAAGAAAUCCCCAUCUACCAAAACUGAGAACGAUGAGAAUGCCAUUGAAUAUUCUUCAGUUCAUAUUGUCGGGCUUCCCAAUAAGGAAGACAGCACAAAGCCUCCAAAGCUGGAAUCCAAGUGCAAUUGCUCAAUAAUGUGAUACUUCUUCCAUUCACCCCCAUGCACGGUGUCUGCUCCACCAGCCACCAUGUGACUUGGCUAAUCCCUCCUACCUUCACGUAGAAAGAGCAGUGAGUGCUUUUUAUCUUAUUAGUUUUGGUGUUUGAAGCCUGUUUGGAUUUGUUACCAAUUAUUUUCCUUUACGACCAAUUUAUUUGUAAGAAAAGGCCACCUGAUGCUGGGUGACAUAUAAUUGUAAAGUUUUAAUUAUCUUGAGUAGGCUAAUUUUAGUGAAAAAGGCAGUGGAGAUUGGUGCUUGCUCCAUUGCCGCGAUUCUUGUUAGUUGUUAAUUCAUUGCUGGUUCUCCAUUGGAGAUAAGUGUGGUUGAAAUCCCCAAUUCAUUCUUAAUUGUCGUGAUUGAAAAUAUAGUUUUGAUUUGUUG